GGUGUCGGUCUGUGCUGCUACACAUGCGCUGAACGGACGCCGCGGAAAACACAUUGGUGGAUGUCGGCAUUGAGGGAUUACUAAAGACAUGGCGGCCAACAUCGAACAAAUUUUUCGCGAUUUCGUAGUAAAUAAGAUAAAAGAAAUUGAAGAUGAGAGUCAAGAUAUCAUUCUGACAGAUGAAGACCAUCCCAAUGGUAAAACUGCAGAAGGAGCAGAUGGGAUCAACAACACACAAGAUAAAGAUGGUGUAGCCAAUAAGGAAGAGGGUGAUGUCCCACAAAAGAAACACAGGAAGCAUAAGAAGCACAAGAAGCACAAAAGCAAAAAGAAGAAACGUAAGGAAGAGAAAGGGAGCGGCUCAGAAUCAGCAGCAGACUCUGAUGGAGACAAGGCAAAGACUGGGGAAGAGGAUGAUGGGAGAUCCAAGCGGCAUAAACGACAUUCUGGGAAGAAGAAGAAAAAAAAGCAGAAGAAAGAUGGUGACAAGUCCAACAGCUCAUCUGGGUCGGAGUCCGAGUCGAAGCCUCAGCCUGGGAACAAGGAGAGCAAACCUCAGGAUCUACCUGAUAUUAUCCCUAAACUAGAGGAGAAGUCUCCGGAAAAGUCCUCCUCCAGACGUUCACGGUCUCGUUCAGGCAAGCGCAGAUCCAGGGACAGGAGAGGGAGAUCCAGAUCGAGGUCCGGUAGAAGACGUGGCGGACACACACGUUCCAGAUCACGGCACCGGAGGUCCGGGUCACAUUCUAGAAGGUCUGGGUCUGCCAGGAGAGGCAGGAGAACCCGGUCAAGGUCCCUCGUGAUCUUGAAGAAAGACAGACGGUCUAGAUCGAGAUCCAGAAGGCGAUCGAAAUCUAAGACGAGAUCUCAGUCGAGACACCGAGAGAUGAGUUCAGGAUCUCCCUCUCCGUCCAGAAACGACAAAUCCAGGUCUGCCUCAAAAGACAGCCAAUUAGUCGAGAAAGAUCCCUCUGCGGCCCUGGCUAAAGAUGAGUCUGCUGUGAAAGACGAAAACGUAAUGGUUCCAAUCGAUCCGCCAGCCCUAGCUUCCCAAAGCAGCAUUGAUGGUGUCGUCAAUAUGGCCGCCGCCACUGGAGGAGGGUGGAAGCCGAUACCCUUCUUAGGGGACAGCAGUAAGGGAGAGCCAGCCGUUUCCUCCCAGCCCUCAGAAUGUCUGACGUCUCCACAGAAGUGCCCUAUUUCUCCCGAGGUGCCUUCAGGUGAGCAGCAUGAGGCCUCCACUGACCACCAGUCAACGUCAGCCCCUGAUCCUAACCUCAGCGGCCAGCCAACUGGUGAGCCAGGGGAAUCGGAUGGACCUGUUACUUCAGAAACCUUGGAUGGCUCUGUAGAUUCCUUACCCCCCAAAACAGAUGCUGGUGGAGGGGACAAGGUGACACCUCAGGGUGAAGAGCUCCCUGCCUCACCUAAACCACAGCCAACAUCUGGAGAGGCAGAGAUGACAGAGAAGGGAGGAGAAUCUUCAAAGUCCAGGUCUCCUUCAAAGAGGAAAAAGUCAAGGUCAAAGUCUCCUGGUCAGAAGAAACGCUCUGAUGCAAAGUCCUCCAAGAAGAGGAGGUCCAGAUCCAAGUCUCCAGGGAGGAAAAGGAAAUCGAGGUCCUCGUCGCCAAGCCGCAAGAGGAAGUCCAGGACGCCGUCUCGGAGGAAGAGGUCUCGCUCAAAGUCCGGGACGAGAAAGAAGAAAUCACGGUCCAAAUCCAGAACGCGGAACAAGCGCUCAAAGUCUAGGUCGCCGAAAAGAAAACGGUCCAAGUCACGGUCUCCUGCUCGGAGGUCAAAGAGAUCGAGGUCACGCUCCGGUUCGCGGCGGAGGGGGAGGGGUGCAUUCGGCAGCCACCAGCUGAGCCAGAGGGACCGCUGGAAGCGUGAGCCAAGCCACUCCCCAGUCCUCAUCCUCCGCAAGAAGAGGUCUCCGGCACGCACCAACCGCGACACCAGCAAAAGCCCGCCACGACUCACAGAGCUGGAUAAAGACCAGUUACUGGAGAUUGCUAAGGCUAAUGCAGCCGCCAUGUGUGCCAAGGCCGGGAUACCCAUCCCAGAGAGCCUGCGACCCAAAGCGGUCCUCCAGCUGCCUUUACCCAACCCCAUGUCCUUCUCCAUGCCCAUGAAUAUGAACAUGCCCAUGAACAUGCCCAUGAACAUGUCUAUGAACAUGCCUAUGAGCAUGACCAUGAAUGCAGCUAUGGCUAGCAUGACAGCUGCCACAAUGACUGCUGCCCUGGCCAGUAUGGGAUCUAUGGCCUCCAUGCAGCAGAUGGCCCCGCUCCCCAGCAUCACCAACAAGCCCCCGCCAGGUCCCCCCCAGCCCAACAUGGCCACCAUCGAGGAUGUGAAGAGGAAGGUGGCCAAGCAGGCAAACAGCAUCAGCAUCAAGGAGUUCACUGACAAGUGUAAGAAGAUUGUGGAGAAGGGAGGGGAGCUGGCCCUCGCUGAACCCCGUAUAUCUGACGACGAGGACGACGGCAAACCGUUUGGACGAGCCGCCCUGAGGGAGGUCAAGGGCAUCUCCUUCAGCCUCAAUAACGCAUCCGUGCGUCCAUCGCCUGCGUUGGCGGUUCGGAGCGAAGCGGCGUUCGCCAAGGAGUUCCCCGUGUCGUCGGGCUCCCAGCACAGGAAGAAGGAGGGCGACGGGGGAGGGGCUUACGGAGAGUGGGUGACCGUCGACAAGAAGGCGGAAAAGGCCAAGGCGGCGGCGACCAAGGCAUUGGCAACGGCUGCCAAGGAAACUUCGCCUGGGGAUGCGCCUUUGUCUGCGGUGUCCGUGGCAACGGAGGAGCCGGCGGUCGUCACGGAGAGUGAUAGUGUGUUCCCGGAGCCGCCGCUACAGCCUGUAGACAUCACCCAGGCAGUCGGUGAGAGGAUGAAGGCCCAGAAGCGUCUGGCUGAGAACCCGUACGACGUCAGCGCCAUCUGCAUGCUCAGCCGUGCUCAGGAACAGGUUCUACUGGAGCAACGGUGCUCAGCUCAGAGGAGCUGUCCAACAGCGGACCACAGGCCUGGAUCAAAAAGGUACCAUCCACUGUCUUACCUGCUCCCCACACACCCUCCUCACCCCAAACAUACCACCCCACUACCCUACAGGUGUCUGCAUCGCCCAUGCCCACUGGUGUACCCACUUCACAAGCCUGCCUCAGCCUGCUCCCUAAUCACCACCCAGCCCUAGUCAAAUAACUGAAUGUCUGUACGCAUAGAGACGGAGACUGUAUUUAGUUUGACUAAUGUUCUGUUGAUGUAGAACACACUGGGUUAGAAUGGAGUAGUUCCACUGUUACUCAGUGGAAUCCAGGGCAGAUGUAACGGCCCCGAAACGUGGGGUCCACUGCUACCAUGGCAACCCUUGUUAGUGCUAACACACAUAGUUUACUGAUGUGUGUGAGUGAGCAUCUGUUGUCUGUAUUGUGUGUUUCUGUCUGCGUCAGAAAGAUGCUCUGACGGUGAAGGAAGACUUGUUUAUGUUGACUCAGCCUGAUAUUUGCACUGCGGUCUGUAACAGUGGUAACAUGAUGAACCCAGACUUUAAUCUUUAAUCUGACCUACAGGGAUGAACAAAAAUCUCCCUGCACUUCAAUCACCCCCCCACACCUCCCCCGCAACACACACAUUCUGACCAAUUCCAUUUCCUGUGAAGUGGGUACACCAUGUUAAGGGUAGCGAUGCAGAUUCCUUACAUGUGACAUUCUUACCAAAGCAGGUGCAAAUGCAGUACUGACACCCGGCUACUAGUGGUGCUCUGGUCUGACACCCGGCUACUAGUGGUGCUCUGGUCUGACACCCGGCUACUAGUGGUGCUCUGGUCUGACACCCGGCUACUAGUGGUGCUCUGGUCUGACACCCGGCUACUAGUGGUGCUCUGGUCUGACACCCGGCUACUAGUGGUGCUCUGGUCUGACACCCGGCUACUAGUGGUGCUCUGGUCUGACACCCGGCUACUAGUGGUGCUCUGGUCUGACACCCGGCUACUAGUGGUGCUCUGGUCUGUCCACUAAAUAGAGUCCCCCUCGGAGUUGGAAUAGGGACUUGGAGAGGGAGGGAGGAGAGGAAGAGGAGAGCUGGAAGUAAGUCUGCAGACCCCAGAACCCCCCUUCCCUUGUCCUCUAGCACCCCAGGGCAAGGCAGAGAUUAUGGGUCCGUCUCACUAGUCUAAAGAAGCUUCCUCGUCUCUUUCCUUGGAUUCACACUGAUCUCAGAACAGGGGAAAGGGAAAAGCUCUAUUCUUUCACCUAUCCUGCCUUUUCAGAUCAGGUCAGAUGUUAUUGGGGACUUUAGACUAUUCAGAUGUACCCUAAGACAGGUUACUAUAGUCUCUACCGUCACGCUGUGCCCAGAGAUAACCAUCGUCGUUUGUCCUCUGUCUGUGGACCCCAUCUGAACCCUCCUACCCUGUAGUGUUUCUAUAGUGGGCUGUUUGAAGCCAGUGGGUGUAACUGUACCCCAAGCCUCCCUGAGCUCUGUAAACACACAGAGGCAGGGUGCUGCCGUUACUGUUUUAAAUGACACAUCCUGAGGAAUCUCUCUCCAGGUUAGGUUACACAUCGUCACAUCAUUUAGUUAUAGAGAGAGAUGGAUCUGCUGAGUUUGUUCUUCAUUUAAUACGACACAUCCUUCACAGGCAGAUGCUAUGGGCAGAUGCCAUGAACAUAUGCUGUGGACAUGUUCAGAGACAUGAUCUAGGGAUGAGUGCAUUGAUCAUACUAAUGUUAGUGACAUGCAUUUUGCUAGCAUUACAGCAGCUAACAUUGAUUUACAGCAUGCUAGCAUUACAGCAGCUAACAUUGAUUUACAGCAUGCUAGCAUUACCAGCAUAUGGACUGUUGUUUGUGUGGUUGUUGGGUGCCCCUAGCAAUCAGUCCUGGUGCAUUCCGUUUCCCAGUAGAUGAGCGUGUCUAGUUUUAGACCAGUCAGUGGUCUCCAACCCUAGUCCAGGCUGAGCAGGAUUUUGUUCCAUCCCAGCAUAGUCGUAUAGGUUAGGGCUGUAACAAAAACCUGCACAUUAGCUCCAGGACCACAAUUGGAGACCACUGCCUGAGGGAGAUCUCUGUUCUGAGGGACCUAGGCUAGUUACAGGUGUCCAUGGACAUGCCUGUGCUCUUUCCCUUGCCCUGGGAGAGGCUGCGGUCAGAAGUUGCUCUUAGUCACAGAUCUAGGAUCAGCUUCCCUUCUGGAAAUCCUAACUCCAAGCUGACCUAGGUGUCUAGGGGCAACUUCCUCCCAGUCCUUGGGGCAGCCUGAGGAAGGGGGUCGGUAAGAGGGGUCUGGAUUGGAGCAGAGGGAGAGAGGUGUGGGUUCACAGGGGUGACCUGUGAACUUUCACCUCUCUGUGUAUUGGACACUUGUUUCAGGGUCAGUCCUUGUAGCUGUCCUUGUUGCCAUGGCCACAGUCAGGCCCCCCUCUCAUUUCCUGUCUGAUGCUGGGCCGGUGAUGAGGGGCUAGGUACGUACACCACACAGCGCCUUACUAUACAUCUUGUGUAACUGUGUGUGUGAGAGAAAAGGUGUGUGUGAGACAGAAAGAAAUGAGGUGUCAAGGCACAGCGCCCUCUUAUUUACCUACAUGUGGUAUAAUGUGUGAAGAAAUAAGUCUCUCGGCUGUGUCUUGAGUUUCACCACAGAAUUUAUUUCAUUUUCAUCAGUACUCUUAAUGUGUUUUGAAGUUUCUCUAGAAAUGUUCUCUCAAACGCACGAUUUUCAAAAGCUGCCACCACAAAUAGUUAUUUCUAGUGUUUCACAUAGGGGUAGAAGUUACUACAGACCGAGUAACAGACACACACACACACACUCACCGUUAGCUGUUAUCCAGAGGCAUGUGAGUUGUCCUGAAGCUAGUCUCUAACUCAAGUCUGACUGUGACAGUGGUGUGACUGGAUGAGAGACAGAGUGAGUGGAUUAGGUGGUUGAGAUGUUUUCAAGGUGGAAACUAAUUAUCUGCUUUCGCCUCUGCCUCUUCCUCUCCCCUCCCUCUUCACGCUCUCUCUCCCUCUUCCUCCUCACUCCAUGGUUCUCUCUUCUGUUAUUCUCCUCUCUUUCUCCCUCUCUUCCUUCCUUCUCUCUCUCUCUCUCUCUGUAGGAUCAGUUCUUGCGAGCAGCCCCGGUCUCGGGAGGAGUAGGAGAGU